AUGAUGAACGUGAUACUGUUCGUCGUUCUGCUGCACUUUCGUGUUUCAGUCAACUUUGCGGUGGAAGCUCAUCAUUACUGCGGCUAUGAGAGAUGCCCCGUGUUGAUGCCAAAUAUGCUGAAUGUGCAUCUAAUCUGUCAUUCUCAUGAUGACGCUGGCUGGCUGAAAACAUUUGAGCAGUACUUCUUAGGAACCAACAAAACUUUAGCCAAAGAAGGGGUACGUUUUAUACUGGAUUCUGUGGUCAGCGAGCUGUUACACGAUUCGUCUAAACGUUUCACCUAUGCGGAAACUAGUUUCUUCUGGCGGUGGUGGCAGACAAAGAAUGAUCACAUUAGACACAUUGUCAAACGAUUGGUCAGUAAAGGCCAGUUGGAGUUCGUUGGCGGUGGUAUGGUACAGAAUGAUGAAGCGUCGCCUCACUAUACCGCCAUUAUCGAUCAGAUGACAAUGGGCCACGACUUUCUUCGGCGGACAUUUAACGAAUGCGCUGUUCCUACAGUUUCGUGGCAAAUCGAUACUUUUGGUCACAGUUCUGAAAACUGCGCCCUGUUUUUGCAGAUGGGUUUGAAAGGUAUGUUUUUUGCUCGGCUGCAUUACAACGACAGACAAAAGCGCAUCCAGGAACGAAGCUUGGAAGCAUUUUGGGAUUGCAGUGGGACUACAGGGACCAAAGAAAGGAUGUUAACGAGUGUAUUUUAUGAACACUACAUGCCGCCGUCGCGAUUUUGUUUCGACGCAUCUUGCAUGGACGAUCCAAUUGUGGAAGAUCCAACUUCGCCAAGCUACAACAUCGAGGAUUUGGCCAAAGCGUUUAUCAACGUUUCUACACAACAGGCUAAAGCGUUUCGCACCAACAACAUUAUGAUGCUCAUGGGAGGCGACUUUCAUUACAUGUCUGCCGGCAUUUGGUUUAACAAUCUGGACAAAUUGAUGAAUUACAUAAACCAUAUGCAGUCGAAUGGCAAUAAAAUAAACGUGAUUUAUUCUACGCCUACAUGUUAUUACCGAGCGCUGAAGAAAUCCGGCCAAGAGGUCCAAUUUCCUGUGAAGAAGGACGACUUUUUUCCAGGAACCGCUAAACAGCACGUGACCAAUGACUACUACCGUAUGCUGGACAACGGUAUCAUGGAAUGCCAGACUGUUUUUAAUGAUGCUAUGAAAAAAAUCGCCACCCUGAACGGCAGUGUUUCGCCCCUUCCAGAACAGAAGUUUUGUCCGCUAAUCAAUGGAACCGUAUGCGAUGUUAGUCAACAUUCUUAUGACUUCAUAGUCACCUUCUUCAACGGUUUUUCGCACAGCCUUCAAGAAUUUGCCCGUAUUCCGGUUUCAGACUCAGAUUACAAGGUAUACGAUUCGAGGUAUCAACUGGUGAAAUCAGAGGGUAUAUGGGUUCAAGAGAUGCGACAGAAAUUUGCACCGUGGCUUUCGCAGGUGGUCAGACUUUAUGAAAAUAGUUCGUUCAUAGAAAUGGAAUGGACCAUCGGUCCGAUCCCCAUAGACGACGGAGUAUCAAAAGAGAUCGCCAGCCGCUUUUCGAGCAAGAUCAAAAGCAACGGCACCUUCUUUACCGAUAGUAAUGGCAGGCAGUUGAUCAAGCGUGUACGAAAUUUUCAACCAACUUAUGAAUACAACGACUCUGAACCUGUUGCCGGCAAUUACUAUCCUGUGACAAGAAUGGUCUACCUCAUGGACGACUCUGUCCAAAUGGUGGUGUUAACUGAUCGAAGUCAAGGCGUAUCAAGCUUACAGGAUGGAUGCAUCGAAAUACUGCUACAUCGAAGGCUGCUGUACGACGAUCAUUUUGGAGUUGAUGAAGCUCUUAACGAGAAGGAAUCGGGGAAAGGACUUGUCGUUCGCGGAAGGCACUGGCUGAUGGUAGGGAAAGCAGUGUCCGACAACCCAAUUCCGGUUAGUCUUCAGCUGUUCAUGCAAAAAUUUUACGAACCGAUAUUGAUGUUUGCUCCCGUCACAAACCGAUUUGCAUUGGGAGCUAUCGCCAGCGAGUUCAGUGCCUUGUCACGACCACUACCACCCUGUGGUCAUGUUUUGACUUUAUCACAGCUGUUGAAUGGCAAAAUACUCUUGCGCUUAGAGAACUACUGCCAGCGAAAAUCUGGAACGGCCGAUGACGGUUCCGUACUGAUUGAUCUUCAGGGUUUGUUUACGACUUUCGAUGUAGAGGCGAUUGAAGAGACAAAUCUGACUGGUGGCCACCUGAAGGUGCCAGGCAACGCAACGUCAUCGCACUCACCAACAGAACUAAAGGAUCUUCUUUGGUUGUCGCUGGCUUUCACAGUUCGACGACGUAUUGAGCAGAACUGUUUGAAACAACCAUCGCAGUUGGAAGACAUGCGGCGGCAACCAAGUUCGUCGACGGAUGAGGAGAACGACGAGCAUGAGAUGGCCGUGAUCGAUACAUAUAAGACGGACGUCGAGCUCUGUCGUCAAGUGGUCUGGUCAUUGACUGUCCGAUUCGAUGGCGCACGCAGCAGUUGGCAUUAG